AUGUGUAAUUGUGUCGAUGUAAUGUUACUGUUUGUGCUUUUCAUGGGAGCUGUUGGAGCAGAGGAAGACACUGGGCACUGUAAGAUGCUAGGGAGCCCAGAGUUUCCUCUGUUAUCUAAGGAGGGAGACAUCACUAUUGGAGCAGUUUUCUCCAUCCAUAAACAAGUCUCAAACCCUCCGCUUUUCUUCACAGAUGCUCCAGAACGUAUCAUAUGCUCCAGGAUGAAUUUCAAAGAAUUUCAUUUUGCUCAAACAAUGAUUUUUGCCAUUGAAGAGAUCAACAAUAGCAAAUCUUUGCUGCCUAAUGUCUCAAUUGGCUAUAAGGUGUUUGACAGCUGUAGUUCAACACUGCCUUCAACACGUGCAGUGAUGGGUGUAAUAAAUGGAGAAGGGAAGACCUGCUCCAGCCGGUCAUCUGUUCAUGCUAUUAUUGGUGCCUCAGAGUCCUCAUUAACCAUUGUGAUGUUACAAAUUUCAGGGGUUUUCCAAAUACCAAUGAUCAGCCACUUUGCCACUUGUGCUUGUCUUAGUAACAGAAAUGAGUACCCCUCCUUCUUCAGAACCAUUCCCAGUGACUACUACCAGAGUAGAGCCUUAGCAAAACUGGUAAAGCACUUUGGCUGGACCUGGAUUGGGGCAGUUAGAAGUGACAAUGACUAUGGUAACAGUGGCAUGGCAACAUUUAUCACAGCUGCUCAGCAGCAGGGGAUCUGUAUUGAGUACUCAGAGGUCAUCUCAAGGACUGAUGCGAGUGAGUACAUUGCCAGGAUUGUCAGAGUGAUCCGUAGUGGCAGUGCUCGGGUUAUAGUUGCCUUCAUCUCCCAGGGUGAAAUGGACAUUCUACUUGAGGAGGCUCUGAACCAGAACUUGACUGGGCUGCAGUGGGUGGGCAGUGAGUCCUGGAUCACAGGAGGAUAUAUGGAUGUCAAGAGGUACUCUAGCAUCCUCACAGGGUCUCUUGGCUUCACUAUCAGAAAGGGAAAGAUCCCAGGCCUGAGAGAUUUUCUUCUUCAGGUUAACCCAAGUCAAAAUCCUCAGAAUAGCCUGCUGAAAGAGUUCUGGGAAGCCACGUUUGGCUGCAGUUUUCAAUCCAGUAUGCAUGGUCAACCACAGUGCUCUGGCUCUGAGAAACUAGAGAAUAUUAAUAAUCCUUACACUGAUGUGUCAGAGCUAAGAAUAUCUUACAAUGUGUAUAAGGCUGUGUAUACUGUGGCUCAUGCCAUGCAUAACAUGUUAAAAUGCACACAAAGGGUUGAAAAUGUGAACCAAUCCUGUAUAUGGAGAGAAAAUUUAGAGCCAAAACAGGUUGUGAAAUACCUACAAAGGGUGGAUUUCACCCUUCCAUCAGGAGAAAGCAUAUACUUUGAUGAGAAUGGAGACCCUGUAGCAACUUAUGAGCUGGUGAACUGGCAGAAAAACCAGGCAGGAAACAUUGUGUUUGUGGCUGUUGGGAGCUAUGAUGCUUCACUACCAAACAGAAAGCAGUUUACCACAAAUGAAAUAAACAUAACAUGGGCUGCUGAAUCCCCAACGAGGCCUCGGUCUGUGUGCAGUGACAGCUGUCUGCCAGGUUUCCGCCAGGCUGUGAUUAAAGGCAAACCCAUCUGCUGUUUCUCCUGCAUCCCCUGUGCUGCUGGGGAGAUUAGCAACUCCAACAAUUCUGCAGAGUGUUUGCGAUGCUCGCUGGAGUACUGGUCAAAUAACGAUAAUAGUCAGUGUGUUCCAAAGGUGAUUGAGUUCCUAUCUUAUGGUGAAACCAUGGGGGCCCUCCUCGCUGCUUUCUCAUUGUUUGGAGCAAGUUUAACAUUGGUGGUGUCAUGUGUCUUCUUUUGGUUUCGUCACACACCCCUUGUCAAAGCCAGUAACUCCGAGCUGAGCUUCCUGCUGCUCUUUUCCUUGUCUCUGUGUUUCCUGUGUUCUCUGACUUUCAUAGGCCGACCCACUGAGUGGUCCUGUAUGCUGCGCCACACUGCAUUCGGCAUCACCUUUGCCUUGUGCAUGUCUUGUAUCUUGGCCAAAACCAUAGCAGUGGUGAUCGCCUUUAAGGCCAAAAGGCCAGCAAAUACAGUCCCUCAGUGUUCUGCUCCACUUCAGAGAACGAGUGUUCUCAGCUGUACUUUACUUCAGGUGUUUGUUUGCGUGCUGUGGUUAACUCUUGCCCCACCAUUCCCUUAUAAAAAUACUGCUCAUGCUACAGAAAAGAUUAUUCUUGAGUGUGAUUUAGGUUCACCUUUAGGUUUCUGGGCUGUGCUGGGGUAUGUAGGACUCCUGGCUGUGCUAUGCUUCAUUCUUGCUUUUCUGGCUCGUAAGCUGCCUGAUAAUUUCAAUGAAGCCAAAUUUAUCACAUUUAGCUUGCUGAUAUUCUGUGCAGUCUGGGUCACAUUUAUCCCAGCUUAUGUUAGCUCUCCUGGGAAGUUCACUGUAGCUGUAGAGAUAUUUGCUAUUCUGGCUUCUAGCUUUGGCUUACUUUUCUGUAUAUUUGCUCCAAAAUGUUAUAUUUUACUAUUGAAACCAGAGAGAAAUACUAAAAAACAUAUGAUGGGGAGAAACAAUUAA